AGGAGUCACGAGGUGCCGUCAGGCGGUCCGUAACGGCGUGGGGCCUGCGCCGAGAGGAAGCGGCGGGGCCCGGUGUCGCCGGCAGGCGGGCAGGCGGACGAGAGGCUGUACCGUGAAGCGCCGCACGAGAGACCCCGCGCCCCCGGGGGACCCUGACAGUUGCAGAAUGUUCCAGGCUCAGUCUUACCUCCAUGUCUUGUUGCUAGUUGUCAUAGCCACUGUGAUGGCAGCAGAAAAGUGUGAUCUUGUUGGGGAGGAAGGGAAUGAAUCUCCAAAAGAAUUGAAGAUUCUGAAGAGGUUGGAGCCGCUUACCAACAUGAGUUUUAAAACAGAAAGUAGGAGCCAAGAUGAGCACUACACAUACACGUUCAGGGUGUGUCGAGAAGUUUCUGGAGCAAUAUCGAAUUCUGGCCUGGUACAGAUUAAUAAUCAGACAGCAAAGACGGUAGUAGUGGGGCGAAUCAAUGAGACCCAUCUUGCCAGUGGAAGUAAAUGGAUUAUGCUGAUCUAUAAGGGAGGAGAUUCCUAUACUAGCCGCUGCGACAAGGAGAGGAGGAAAGCCAUAAUAAUGAUUAAUUGCAACCCAACAACACUAGCAAGUGGUUUCACCUUGGUGACAGAGGAACGGGAGAAGGUGAAUGAAUGCUUUUAUAUCUUUGAGUUAGAGAGCAGCUUGGCCUGUCCUUCAGAAGAUUCACACCUGCGUGCUGAUUCCUCACAUCUAAGUGUUGGCUCCAUAUUGCUCAUCACGUUUACUUCACUGGUUGCAGUGUAUAUCAUUGGAGGAUUCCUGUACCAGCGUCUGGUGGUGGGAGCGAAAGGCAUGGAGCAGUUUCCCCAUUUUGCUUUCUGGCAAGAUCUGGGCAAUCUAGUAGCAGAUGGCUGUGAUUUUGUGUGCCGAUCUAAACCACGAAAUGGACCAGCAGCAUAUCGUGGUGUCGGAGAUGAUCAACUUGGAGAGGAGUCUGAAGAACGAGAUGACCAUUUGCUACCUAUGUGACGUACCACCUUGUUCUAUAAUUUGUUGUUUGUGUGAGCAGGUGGCACUGAACCACUUCUUCCCCUCAUUUGUCUUUUCUUUCCCUGUUCUAGUUGCCCCUGAAGCUGUUUGCUCUGACUGUGAGUGCCCUGGGGCAAAGGACAGAGGUUAUGAAUGUAAAGCUGUGCUAAUAAUCUGUGGAAUAUGGGAAAUUCUGAGAGCCUUUGUGCAGCAAAAAUGUUGGUGUCACUGUUGCAAAUACUCUUUACGUGACUUGUGGGAAAUUGCUUCAAAGUUAGACUACAGAGGCAAAACAAUGGGGCUAUAGUAUGUAGAAGAGGGAAGGACUUAAAUGUGCAAAGCACCUGAAUGGAGCAGGUUAGAGCUGUAGUAUAUUAUUCUCUAUAGGCUUUAUUCCACAAAACUAUGGAUCUCCUCCCUCUCCCUCCUUUCAGUUAAACUUUUUUUUUCUGUUCUUGCAACUUGAGGGAGCAUUCCCUUUGCAUUUUCAAAAUUGCAGGAAGAGCUGGAGAUUCUUUUUUAACCAAAGUGUGCAUCAACUGUUGACUUGAAAUUUCUCUUAGUCACUAGCAAAAAUAAAAUGCUUACCAAUAUGUUUAUUUUGUUAAACAGUCUGAAGAGAAAUAGAGGUGGAGAUUUUAGAACAAUUUAAAGGAGAGAAGCUUCUCAAUGCAGCAUCUGCUUAAAGAGACAAUUCCUGCAAUAUCAGUCCAUUGUUUUUAAUAGCUUUUGGAAGAGAUAAGUCAUUCAGCUUUAAUUGUGAAUUUGAUAAUGUCUGAAGCUGCACUGGAAGAUUAGUGCUGAAGAGGAGUAAUUUAACUAAACAGUGGUUGAAUAGAAGAAUCCAACAGCUGUAUGAAGACAAUGUCUUUUCAGGUUGGUUGUUCCAAGCUCUUAGAGUGCUUUGGGAGUGCUGGAAUGCUAACAGUUCUGUUACUUGGGGGAUUGCUGGGAGGGUGUCAAUGUUGCCUGCAGUAUAAUAAAAAAGAGCUGCAGUUCAAAAUGCUCUUUACUGUUGAAAACUGGGCAACCAUAUUUCACUGUUGAAUUUGAACACCAGCUCCUUUGGAGAGAAUAUUUUACACUCCCUAGCCUGUCAGGAGCUGGUGUGUCUAACAGGGAGCAAAUCUCUGGGUGCACAUAAAAGCAAAUAUAUAAUUUUCUAGAAGAGUUGGCACAAGCCCUCAACAA